AUGCUCCGGUUCAUCGCUAAACCAGCAUCCAUAACACCUAUACGACCAACAUAUACUGAAAAAUCAUUUAGAUUUCACAGCAAGUACAAGGAAGAAAACAAUAUCGAUCUCGACGAAGGGAAUUCGAGCCUAUGCAGCGCCUGCAAUCUGCCGAUCUUCUCGACUCCGUUCAAAGCAACGGAGUCAGGAAGCGGUUAUCUGCACGACCAGUGCAGUAAUCUGCCUAUCGAUUUAGAUGGCAACGAAUUACAUCCUUCCGUGGAACCCCUCAAGAAGCAGCCCAAUCUCCACGAAAGCAAAUGCUCCAAAUGCGACGCCGUUUGUGGGAAUGUGGUGUACUGCUGCCGCGAUGCGGAGUGCGAUUUCCAGCUCGACGUGACAUGCGCUUUGCCGGUCAAGAUCAUGCACCGGAGCCACGACCACAGGCUGACGGUCAUCCGCUGCUCCGCGGGUUUCUCAUGCAGCGUGUGUGGGACCGAGGAUCGGCCGGGUCAGUCGUUGGGCUGGCCGAUGCAUUUGGCCUACGUAUGCAGUGCAUGUGACUACUGGCUGCAUCCGCACUGCGCGGUAUUGCCAAAUGCAAUCCAGCACGAGUGCCAUCGCCACCCACUUCUUCUGAAUUACGAUUACAGGUCGUGGCGGCGUAAGUGCGCGAUUUGCAAAGACCAGGUCUCGAAUUGGGGGUUUUAUUCGUGCGCUGUGUGUUAUUACCAUGUCCAUAUCAUGUGUGCCGUCAAAGAUGACCAGAGAUUCGAACCAGUUCCAGUCAAAGAAGCUCUAGAAAGUCGAGUUCCACAGUUACUUCAUCUCCCAGUUCCUGACGAAUACACAAGUAUUAUACGAUACUUAGCAAAAUGCAAUUCCUUCACAAGUGAUGACGUAGUGCAGCACCAACAUCCACUAACCUUGCACCACGACUAUCCCAUCCACAACGAUGACGACGAGAUCGAUGACGACGACGACGACGUUCACCGGCUCCCUAAGUGCAACGGGUGCGUACAAUUCAUCUCACCUCCAUUCUACACCUGCUCCCAGUGCCCGAAACUCUUCCUACACGACUGUUGCGCCCGCCUCCCGCCCGUGCUGCCUCACGACGUCAAACUAAAUAGGCGAGAAAGUUCUUCCGUUGUCGUCACAAAAACCACAUGUUGUCGUCGCCUCAUCAACGGAUUCACCAUCUCUAGUUCCUUCAAGCCCAACGUGGACAUCAUGUGUGGCCUGAUGCCCGGGUCAAUCACGCAUGCUGCCCACGCCAAGACGCAUUUGCUCCGCUCCCUUUACGUAGUCAACAUCUCAUCUACGACUCAGAAGUGUCGCUGCUGCAACAGAUUCCUCAGCGGCCAAUCCUACAGAUGCUCGACAUGCCGCAAUUUCAACAUACAUGGAACAUGCGCGAGCCUUCCGGCCACCGUCCGCCACGUGUACGACCGGCAUCCCCUGGAGCUUAUAACAGCCCCACCUCCUCACGUGCAGUCGCAGAUGGAGACCAUCUGCGACGCAUGUGAGGAGGGCCUUGACAGCACGCAGUGGUACUACGGCUGCACAGAGUGCGAGCAGGCGUUCCAUGUGGACUGCGUGCCGUGCUUAGAUCAGCUAUCUUUGAUCAAGUACGAGAUUGCGGAGGUUCGUGUGGCGUACCAUAAAUGCCCACUCACUCUCGUCCGCGGACACAUGGUCCACGGCCGUAAGUGCGGCCGUUGUGGGGAAGGCUACCGAGGGCACCGUAAUAGCCUGGCCUUCGCGUGCUUUAAAUGCUAUUUUAGCAUCCAUGUUACUUGUUUUGAGACAUUAUCUGAGCUUUUCGACGACUCUACCAUGAUGACUCUAUCCUUACAAGAUCUCUAGAUAAUUGUCGCACACUAUGAAAUGAUUGUAAACAUAUGUUAUCUUUUGUGUUAAGUAUUUUUAUUUAUCGAAAAAAAAUAUACUCGUAUCAUCAUCAA